CAUCGAGUCAAUCAACCGGCUUGCUCCAGAGUCCCAGCGAUCGAUACGGAGUCGGGAGGAGGGAAGUAGAGGAUACCCCGAUAUCGCGAGAUUAGAGGUAUCGCAAAAAGCGUGCCGGCGGGUGAAUCGCAUACUUUGCCGUACGCGCCGGUAUGGCGGCGGUAUCAGGAACCCAGCGCUUAGCAAUCGCCAUCCUCACGGGGCGGGUGGCUCAGACAAGAGGGAAGGGUAACAAAAGGGAUGCGCGAGGGGAUUCCACUGGUAGACGCUCGGGAAUCACCCGGGUGAAUGGGCUUCUUCGAUUGCUCGGUAAGGCUAGCGAACACACAGAGGACAGAGAGAGAGUCUCGGCCCCCAGGCCUUCUGACACGGUGCCAUGGGCGAGUCCAUCAAGGGUCCUGUCGACAGUUCAUAAACGGGGAUUGAGGCACCAGGCACUGCGGCCAGUGGGGCGGCGCAGAGGGGACCGAUCGGCUACUUUCUCCAGGUCCCAGGGCUGCCUGUCGAAUGGAUGCAUGACUGGUUGAUGAUUCAUGAAUCGUUCUUAGCCGGCUGAGGGCCAGGUGCUGACCAGAAAACCCCCGCGGCUGGUCCACGGGCGGCGACCCUCGGUGACGUUAACCACUCAACGCUUCCAGGACCCUUUGUCCGGUAGGUUUGACGGUGUCAACCCCCAGGCCAGAUCUUCCCAUCGCCUUUGGUCUGUUGGAAGGCCCGAGCCAAAAAAAAAAA